AUGUCGGGGCCCACGAGUGACGAGGAAAACAGGGAGCUUCAGGCGCAACCUGCAGACGUCCAAGCUGCAGCUCUUGAGCCCACAGUCUCGCAUGACCCCGAGCCCGAAGACGUUGUCGUCUCCCGGGUCCAGAGUCGCAAGGAGGAUGAAGACAGCGGGAAGACGCCCAGCAAUCUGACGCCGUCGAUUGGAGACGAGAAGGGCGACGGGGAUGCCAUCUCUUCGGCACCACGCAUCAACUCGGACUCGGACGUUGAGGAUGAGAAGCCCCGGGCCAAGCUCACAACCACCAAGAGCUACGCGACCGAUGCCACUGCCACUUCGGCCGGGCCCGAGCCUGCGCAAGGUGGGAAGAAGGGCUGGCGCAGGAUCAUCAACCCCUUGAGAUGGGGGAGCAUCCCGCCCGUCCCCGAGGAGAGGAUUGUGUCGAGGGAGUACAAGGCCAGCUUCCUGAGCAAGAUGGUUUUCGCCUGGAUGGCGCCCAUCAUGACAGCAGGGUACAAGAGAGAGCUGGACGCCAAGGACAUAUGGUCAGUGAAUCCAGACAGAGCCGCUGACCCCAUGACGGCAAAGGUCAAGGAGGCAUUCAAGAAGCAUGUUGAUAAGGGGGCCAAGAACCCUCUCUUCUGGGCCCUCCACGAUUCAUUCCUUGGAGAGUUCUACGUCGGCGCCUUCUUUGCUAUAGUAUCGUCAAUCCUUCAGACCUUGUCGCCUUUUGUCCUGCGUUAUCUCAUUUCGUUCGCUAGUGAGGCAUGGAUCGCCACGCAAACCGGCAGAGACGGUCCCCCCAUUGGUAACGGAAUCGGACUUGCUGUUGGAAUCACUGUGAUGCAAGUGCUUCAGAGUGUUUCUAUCAACCACUUUGUUUACAACGGCAUGAUGGUGGGAGGCGAAUCGCGUGGUGUCCUCAUUGGAUUGAUAUACGAGAAGUCGAUGCUCAUCUCUGGGCGCGCAAGAGCUGGAGAUGUCCAGAUUGAAGGGGCGGCUCAGGCUGGAGGAGAGGACAAGUCCCCCAACGCCGACGGCGCGGCUGAUUCCAAGAAGAAAAAGAAGAAGGAAGACAAGAAGGCCAAAGCUAAAGGAAAGGGAGAGCCGGAUAUGGCUGGCUGGGGAAACGGUCGCAUCACGAAUUUAAUGAGUGUCGAUACCUAUCGUAUUGACCAAGCAUCUGGCUUGUUCCACAUGGUCUGGACCGCCCCAGUUUCGCUCAUCAUCACAAUCGUCCUUCUCAUCAUCAACAUCUCUUAUAACGCUCUGGCAGGUCUCGGCCUCCUGGUCAUUGGUGCACCGCUUCUCACCAGGGCCAUCCGCAGUCUGUUCCGGAGGAGAAGGGAGAUCAACAAGAUCACUGACCAGCGUGUUUCCCUUACUCAAGAAAUCAUCCAGUCCGUCAAGUUUGUGAAAUUCUUUGGCUGGGAGAAGGCAUUUUUGGGUCACCUGCAGGACUAUCGUAACAAGGAGGUCUCUGCCAUCCAGGUGCUCCUUGCUAUCAGGAAUGCAAUCAACGCAGUGAGCAUGUCGCUUCCAGUCUUUGCCUCCAUGCUCUCGUUCAUCAGCUACUCCUACACGAGGCCGGAUCUUCCCGCUGCUCAGGUCUUCUCCUCGCUAGCCCUGUUCAAUGGCCUCCGUCUUCCCCUCAACUUGAUCCCCCUGGUUCUCAGUCAGGCCAUCGAUGCCUGGGGUUCUAUGGGCAGAAUCCAAGAGUUCUUGCUGGCAGAAGAAAUGGAGGAGGACGUUGUUCACAAGGAUGAUGGCCCCAAUGCAGUUGAGCUGCACAACGCCGCGUUCACAUGGGAAAAGACACCCGCGAAAGAAAAGAGUGAUGAGAAAGAGAAAGAUACCAAGAAAGCCAAGAAGGAAAUUGCCAAAGACGGACCCCAGGAACCCGAACCUGUGAAGGAGACAUCUGAGAGAGAACCGUUCAAGAUUCACGACCUCGACAUCGAAAUUGGCCGAAACGAGCUGAUCGCCGUCAUUGGCUCAGUCGGUAGCGGAAAGAGUUCAUUGCUCUCUGCUCUUGCUGGAGAAAUGCGAAAGACAAGCGGUGAAGUUGUAUUUGGUGCCUCGCGAGCGUUUUGCCCCCAAUAUGCCUGGAUCCAAAACGCGACAGUGCAGAGCAACAUUACUUUUGGGCGCGAUUUCGAUAAGCCGUGGUACAAGGAGGUGAUACACGCAUGCGCUCUCCAGGCCGAUCUCGACAUGCUUCCUAAUGGUGAUCAGACGGAGAUUGGUGAACGAGGCAUUACCAUCUCCGGCGGUCAAAAACAACGUAUCAAUAUUGCAAGAGCCAUCUAUUUUGAUGCCGAUAUUGUCCUCAUGGACGAUCCCCUGAGUGCAGUCGAUGCCCACGUCGGACGCCAUAUCUUUGACCAUGCUAUCCUCGGCUUGCUCAAGGACAAGUGUCGCGUCCUCGCAACACACCAGCUUUGGGUGCUGAACCGAUGUGACAGGAUUGUAUGGAUGGAGAACGGGAGAAUCCAGGCUAUCGAUACAUUCCAGAACCUCAUGCAGAACCACCAGGGCUUCCAGACCCUGAUGGAGACUACUUCUGUCGAAAAGGAAAAGGAAGAGAAAAAGGAGGACGGAGACGACGACGGAGGCGACAAUGCCCUUACAAAGAAAACAACGAAGAAGAACAAGAAGGGAGCCGCCCUCAUGCAGCAGGAAGAGCGAGCAGUCGCCAGUGUGCCCUGGUCAGUGUAUGGUGACUACAUCCGCGCCUCGGGUUCCAUCUUCAACGGGCCUUUUGUCAUCUUUCUCCUUAUUCUCUCACAGGGAUCCAACAUUACUACCAGUUUGUGGCUUUCGUACUGGACCUCAGACAAGUAUGGCCUCUCCAAGGGCCAGUAUAUUGGUAUAUAUGCUGGUCUAGGUGCCGUCCAGGCUCUCCUGAUGUACUUCUUCUCCGUGAUGCUGUCCGUUCUAGGAACAAAAUCCAGCAAAACCAUGUUACAGGAAGCCGUCACGCGAGUUCUGCGUGCCCCCAUGUCGUUCUUCGACACAACGCCCCUGGGCCGCAUCACCAACAGGUUCUCUCGAGAUGUCGACGUCAUGGACAACAAUCUCACGGAUGCCAUCAGGAUGUUCUUCUUCACCAUCGCCAUGGUCACCGCCGUGUUUGCCCUCAUCAUUGCCUACUUCCACUACUUUGCCGUGGCCCUUGUGCCAAUGUACUUCUUGUUCAUGUUCUCGGCAUCGUACUACCGCGCCUCGGCCCGAGAGGUAAAGCGAUUCGAAUCCGUCCUGCGUUCAAAUGUCUUCGCAAAGUUUGGAGAGGGCCUGAGUGGUAUCUCUUCGAUCCGGGCCUACGGUCUCCGGGACCACUUCAUCGCCGACCUUCGCAAGUCCAUUGAUGAGAUGAACGCCGCGUACUACUUGACCUUUUCCAACCAGCGCUGGCUCUCCAUGAGGCUGGACAACAUUGGCAAUGCCCUCAUCUUCACCGUGGGCAUCCUGAUUGUCACAUCUCGCUUCAGCGUGGACCCCUCCAUUGGUGGUCUUGUCUUGAGUUACAUCUUGUCCAUUGCCCAGAUGCUCCAGUUCUCUGUUCGUCAAUUGGCAGAAGUCGAAAACGGGAUGAACGCCGUUGAACGUCUCCGAUACUACGGCAGGGAGCUGGAAGAGGAGGCGCCCCUCCACACAGUCGACGUCCGCCCCAGCUGGCCCGAGAAGGGAGAAAUCAUCUUCGACAAGGUCGAGAUGAGAUACCGCGCCAACCUGCCCCUCGUGCUCAGGGGCCUCUCCAUGCACAUCCAAGCCGGCGAGCGCAUCGGCAUCGUCGGGCGCACGGGCGCCGGCAAGAGCUCCAUCAUGAGCACCCUCUUCCGCCUCGUCGAGAUCUCUGCGGGAUCCAUCACCGUCGACGGCCUCAACAUCUCCACCAUCGGCCUCCAGGCCCUGCGCUCGCGCCUCGCCAUCAUCCCCCAGGAUCCCACGCUGUUCCGCGGCACCAUCCGCAGCAACCUCGACCCCUUCAGCGAGCACACGGACCUGGAGCUCUGGUCCGCCCUCCGCCAGGCCGACCUGGUCCCCGCCGAUGCCAACACGGACACGGCCUCGGCGUCGGACUCGUCCCACCUCCACCUCGACACCGUCGUCGAGGAGGACGGCCUCAACUUCUCCCUCGGCCAGCGCCAGCUCAUGGCCCUCGCGCGCGCCCUCGUCCGCGGCUCCCAGAUCAUCGUGUGCGACGAGGCCACGUCGUCGGUGGACAUGGAGACCGACGUCAAGAUCCAGACCACCAUGGCCACGGGUUUCAGGGGCAAGACGCUCCUCUGCAUCGCCCACCGUCUCCGCACGAUCGUCGGCUACGACCGCAUCUGCGUCAUGGACGCCGGGCAGAUCGCCGAGCUCGACAGCCCCGCCGAGCUGUGGAAGAACGAGGGUGGCAUCUUCAGGAGCAUGUGCGAUCGUAGCGGGAUCCGGUUAGAGGAUAUCAAGGGGGCUAGGGAAGCCAUGGAAGGGAUUGUUAAAAGCGAUGACGCCUAA